AUGACCACGUCAGACGACGAGAUGUUCGGGGCCGGGUCCCCCACCGUGUCCGACUCGGACUCGGACGCCGUCAAGCAGGAGAAGGGCAGCAAGAAGCGCAAGCUCAGCAGCAAGAGCAAAAGCAAGAGCAAGAGCAAGCAGGCCAAGCGCUCCGUGAGCGACGACGAGGACGAGAAGAAGCCCAAGUCGGCCUUCAUCGAGGACAUGGCGUCCGAGAGCGACGACGGGGAGGGAGGCGCCGCCUCGGACGACGAUGACGACGACGAGGACGAGGGCGAGGACCGCAACGAGUACGAGAACGACGGCUUCGUGGUGGAUGACGAGGACGACGAGGACUCGGACGACGGGGAGACCGCGCGCCACCGCCGUCGUCGCCGCAAGAAAGAGAAGAAGCUCAAGCGUCUGAAACAGAAGGUGGAGGAGAUCGAUGACGAAGAUCUCAUGCUCGUGCGCGAGAACAUGGGCAUGGACACGGGCCCGACCCAUAGUGACAGCGAAGACGAGGACAUGGGCGGACGCUCGUCGCGCAAGGUGAAAAACGAGGACGACUCGGGCCUCAUGUCGCGCGAGCUCAGCUACCGCAUGUUCGGCGACUCGGACGAGGAGGAGGAAGACUCGGCCCCGCAGCGCGCCAACAACUACCUCGGCAAUGAUGAGUACGAAAGUGACGAUAUCGACGAGUUCAUCGUGGACGAUGACGAGGAAGGACGUGAGGGACCACGUCGCCGCAGGAAACAGGAGCCGAUCCCAGCGUCCAUGCAGGGCCCGUCGGUGUAUCAGAUGGGUGAGGCCGAGGAGCUCUUUGGAGACAUGGACGGAUUCCUGGAGGCCACCAGCGGUAAGAUCCCGGAGGACACGCCUGCGAAGUCGAAGAAGGCUAUCCUGCUGGAGAAGUUUGAGCCUAGCGUGCUGAAGGAGCACAUGAUGACGUCCGACGUCAUCGCGGUGCGCGACCACGAUUUACCGGAGCGAUACCAGUACCUCUUCAAGAACCGCGAGUUCCCGGACGCGGAGGACCGUGCUGAGGAAUCCGAAUGGAUCAGUGACUUUAUUAUCAAGAACCUUGAACGGCGGAACCAGCGUAACUCUGCCGCGUCGCGUGGCGAAAUUGUGUCGGCUAUUGACACUGUCUUGCGUUUCUAUCACGAUGAGAAGCUCGAGCCGGCGUUCGUGCAGCGCUACUGCAAGGAGUACUGGAAAGUGGUGGGCCUGCACACGGAAAACCUGUACGAGAUUCUGGAUCUCGAUGUUAAGUGGGAUAAGUUGAAUCGCAAGCGGAGGUCAUUCCAGACCGGUAUCCAGCGAGUGGUCGACUCAUCGAAUGCAAAGGAAUCAGCCUUCGUGCGUAAGUGCUACGAACAGUUGUUCGGCACCCCGGACGAGAAGACGUACAAGGAUCUGUCCGAGUUCUUCGCUCUGGAUGCGCAGGAGUCUAGCGGACAGGACAAGGAGAGCGCGGAUCACAAGUACCGCCGUCCUGUCCGUCGUACGUUCUAUCAGAUCUGCACCAAGGCAGGAUUGCGUCCCGUUUCUCUGGCUUUUACGAUGAAUGCGUCGGUGCUUGGUGGUAUCGUGGCUGGCGUGGACCACGAAGAUUCCAACCGUGACGUCCCGACCCCCGAAGAAAGCCCUGGUGUUCUGGCGCAGAAGUAUACGACGAAGGAGUUUCCAACUGUGGAUGAUGUUAUGAAGGGUGCUCGCCACAUUGCCGCCAGUAAGGUUGCGGCAGAGCCUAACGUUCGCAAGUGCAUUCGCGAGCUGUACCGCCAGAACGCUGUUUUGAGCACGGAGGCAACUGCCAAGGGCCGCGAGGAGAUCGAUGAAUUCCACUAUUGUCACGGUCUGCAAUACAUCGAGAAGAUGCCGGUUCUGGAGGUUUUUGAAGCCGGAGAUCUGUGGCUUAAGAUUGCUCGUGCCGAAAAGGAAGGUCUACUGAAGAUUACGAUCAUCAAUGAGAAGGCCCAAGAUCUGAUGGACCCGCUGGAGCCGAUCUAUCUGUCCCAAGGCAACGAUUCCGACGAGGAGUGGCAAAGCCAGCGUCAUCUUGUUCUCCAGGAGGCGAUCAACAGUUUCAUGAUCUUGUCGUUCGAAAACGAGCUCAAGCGUGACCUGACAGUGUCUUCUCGCGAUGUGGUCGUGAAAAUGUGUGGAAAUGCGCUGCGGGAAAGGUUGUCUGUGCGUCCGUACGAGCCGGCCGAUGGUGUGGACCCGUUUAUUGUUUCAAUCUGGGUUGAAAACACUAUGGAUUCCAUUGCGCAUAUUGUGGCUCUUGACGUGAACGGAGAACUGGUCGAUAAAACGGAGGGAUACUGCAAGCGAGAUCUGAACAACAUCCAAAAGCUGUCGGCCACGCUGCUGAAGUUCCUUACGGAGCACUCGCAAACACAUGUCGUGGUCAUUAACGUUUCCGCCGGAAUGAAGUGCAUGGACAUGGGUGGAGUGGUCGAUGAAGUUCGACGCUUGCUGGGUCGAGACGAUGCUUCUCGCUUCGGAAACAGGGAUGGUCACGACUUCCUUGACAUUGUUUUCCUGAAAGAUGAUGUCCCGAACAUGUUCAGUCGCUCCAAGCGCGCCGAUCAGGAGUUUCCUGAGGAAUCUGAAUACGUUCGUGCUGCAAUUGGCCUUGGACGCUAUUUGAGGAAUCCAGCGUCUGAGUUGUGCGCGAUGUGGGGAAAUGUUGCCAUGAACGAACCGAGUCGUGGCCGUGAGCUGCUGUUCUUAAAUGUUCACAUGAUGCAGCACUCUCUUGUGAAGGACCUUCUCCUGACGGAGUACGACCGUGUUUUCGUUCAAGUGAUCAACAAGUACGGUGUUGACAUCAAUUUGCUGGCUAACCACAAGCAUACAUCGUACCAACUGCAGUUCAUUUGUGGUCUGGGUCCUGUGAAGGCGGCAUCAGUUCUGGAUAAGGUUCGUGCAAAGAACUACGUUGAACGACGCCAAGAACUUCUUUCCAAGGGUUUCGUUGGUAAGAUUGUAUACCGCAACUGUGCCGGAUUUAUUCGCAUCCGUGAGCGUGAUGCCUUGCGUGAAGCCCCGUUGAAUCCGCUGGAUGACACCCGUAUCCACCCCGAAAGCUAUUACAUGGCAGUGAAGAUCUGUGGUGAUGCUAACAACAACUCGACGAUUGACAUGUACGACCCGAAUCACUAUUCGUACGCGGUGGAGGACACGAUGUACCAGUCAGCGUCUGCAAUUCGAAGCCGAAAUGCCCCGCCAAACACCCGGCUCGGUGAUGCAGAAAUUCAAGAUGUAUUGUCCGAGCUCGACCUGUCUGCCUACGCUGGUCGUCUUGAGCUUCAGAAGAAGGGACCGAAACUUCUGACGCUGGAGUACAUCAAGCGCGAGCUGCGAUACCCCUACUUCGACAAGCGUGCAAAGUACCAGGUGCCGAAGGAUGAGGACUUGUUCUUCUUGCUCAACGGUGAAACGCGGGAGACGCUGCGUAUCGGCAUGAUCGUUCCUGCCACGCUGCUACACAUGUCAGGCGACGAAUUCGUUCGAGUCCGUUUGCAGAGCGGUAUGCGCUCAAGUCUGCACCGCGAGCGACUGCCAGACUACCUCUCGGACGUACGCCCUCAGACGUUCCCCAAGGGCAUUACGGUGAAUGCCAAGAUUCUGGCAAUUCAGUCGGAUCGCGAAGGUCGCUACGAGCUGCAGCUUGGAUGCAACCGCCGCUCGCUCAUCGACAUGUCGAUGUGUUUCUAUCCAGAGCGGUUCCCGCGAUACACGAACUCCAAGUUGGUCGAGAGCGACAGCAUGGAGCGCGUAGAUCGCCUGUUGAACGAACCUCCAGCUGAGGAAGACAAGGCGACUACGUUUACUCAGGCUACCCGCGUUCAAGGCAGUCACCCUUCGAGGCGCAAAAAGCGACAGAUUGCGCACCCCUUGUUCCGCAACAUCAACUGUCAGACGGCAAUGCAGUACCUGCGAGAGCAGCCCGUUGGAGAAGUGGUUAUUCGUCCGAGUACUCUGGGCACCGAUCAUCUCACACUGACGUGGAAAAUGCUGGAUGGUGUGUACCGACACUUCGAUAUUCAAGAAAAAGACAAACCGUCUGAAGCCCGCAUUGGCCAGACGUUGAUUAUCAAGGAAGAGAAGUACGAGAACAUCGACGAGCUGAUCGCCCGCUUUGUGGACCCUAUGAACAGCUUGGUGGACGAUGUGAUUCGCUACAAGUACUACAAGAACGUCUCGAAGGAAAGUGUCGAGGAGGAUCUGAUCAAGCAGAAGAAGGAGCACCCGUCGCGCAUUCCGUACGCGUUGCACGUGUACAGCAAGUUUCCCGGCUGCUUCUCAAUCACGUAUAUCGCGCGUGAAACGCCCCGCAGCUGCCACAUGGAGGUCAAGUCGGGAGGCUUCCGUUUCUUUGGCCGCAUCGAGUCGUCUAUCUUGCCGACGCUGUCGCAGGCGCUGCAGUUUUUCAAGAUGAAGGCGCUGGUGGCUCCGACGUCAAGUUCCUCCCGCUCCGCUUCGUACCACAACAAUGAUAGAAGCAGCGGACCGUUCGCCCAACGCUCCAGUGCGCCGUACUCAGGCAGCGGUGGACGUCCUCGCCAGAGUUCGCGCUGGGACGAUCGUCGCGGUGGCGGCGAUGCAGGGGGUCGCCGUUGGUAAGCGGUUGGUAAUCACAUCGCUCUUUCCAGAGAUUACGCAUGUUAGCUAGCAAAAGACGCGGGCGACCGAGAAGCAGGCAACCCAGACAUGAAGGAUCACACUACAGCACAUCGCUUCGCAAGCUGACAGCAGGGGGCUAAGCAAAGCAAGCCGACCAUACCCAGAAAAUAAAAUAAAAAGUCUGUUUUGCG